CGCACGUCAGGAGGGCAGAGGGCGGAGCGAGUUUGGUUGCAUUUUCACCCAUACAUAGGCGCGGACCGGCGUGUCCUUGGGAUUAGAGAGCGGGACGUUCGGCUUGCGAGCGGGAACGGCUUAGUCGUACACGGAGAAAGAACGAUUUAAAAAUGUGUGAUGUUGAGAAGGGCAAGAAGAUUUUUGUUCAGAAGUGUGCCCAGUGCCAUACUGUGGAAAAGGGAGGCAAGCACAAGACUGGGCCAAAUCUCCAUGGUCUGUUUGGGCGAAAGACAGGUCAGGCUGUCGGAUUCUCUUACACAGAUGCCAACAAGAACAAAGGCAUCACCUGGGGAGAGGAGACGCUGAUGGAGUAUUUGGAGAAUCCCAAGAAGUACAUCCCUGGAACAAAAAUGAUCUUCGCUGGCAUUAAGAAGAAGGGAGAAAGGGCAGACUUGAUAGCUUAUCUCAAAAAAGCUACUAAUGAGUAAUAGUUGGCCACUGCCUUAUUUAUUAUGAAACAAAUGUCUCAUGACUUUUUAUGUAUACCAUAUUUAAAUUGAUCUCAUACACUAGAAUUCAGAUCAUGAAUAGCUGAUGUAAUAUUUCUGUCCUGAUUUAAAUAAGAUUGGCUUGUGGCUAAAUGAAUAUGGUCAGCUUUUUGAAUUUUGAUAGUAAUUCUGGUUCAGCAAGUACUAUCACUGUUUUCCCCUUCUAAAGAGAUGAUUAAACUUGAAUAAGGAAUGUUAAACUUUUCAGGGAUAUGGUGAAUGCCUUCUCAAACCCUAUAGGAGAUUGGUUUUAUAUUUAGAUUUCUAUAACUGGUUAUAUUAAUAUAUUUAAAUAUUGAGAAGCUCCCUUCACUGUCUCAGACCGGCAAGAUUCACCUGUGUUUCAAGUUGUGUUCAUUCACCUGUUAAGGCAAGGGCUGAAGAUACGCUGACAAUGUCCACUUUAUCUUUUUGGUCUUAACUAUGCCAAUUUAAUUAAAAUUCUCCAUCUAAAAUAUUGCAUUUUACUUAAUGAAGGGCAUUUUAGUGUGGUUUAUGUAUAGCAUCAGAUAAAGAAUAUUUAGUACUUCUCACAUUUUAUAGAUGAUCUUUAAGAUCAGAUGCUUUUAAAAUUCACUGUGACAUGAUAGGUUGGGAAAUUUGCUUGUGAAUUCUUUACAAAGUCAGACUAAGUUAAAAUUCAGGAUUGUCUUUUAAACAGGUAUUCAGAAACACAACUGGAACUACUAUAGACGUGUGAUUGGUAAUCGUGCUUUUGCCAACUCAGAAGGGUUAAGGUAGAGGAGCUAUAUCAUUAGCACAGAUUUGUAAAUUAUCUGAUCAUAAGGCUUGAGAAUUAAAAACAAAGUCACAGAUCAUGA